CAUUGAAUUUCGUGGGAACUCCUGAUCAAAAUAUACCAGAUCUUUAUUUCGUAUUUAAUUUACAGGAAUAAAGUCCUUUGAAAACUCCGGAGUCGGCAAGAUGGUGGUCCAAAGAGGAAAGCAAGGCACAAAAGGCCAAAAACAGAUCAUUCAGGAGAACACAGAUACCCUGAAUUUCUACCGGAACAUGAUCCUUGGGACUGCUGGUAUCUACUUUGGCAUUGGAAUGCUGUUCUUCUCUGAGUUCCCAACCUUCGACCUGAUAUUGCUCGGAGUGGCAGGUGUUGUGUUUACAGGAAGCUACCGCUUUAUGGCAUCCAUGGCGUUUGUCAAGAAAGAUCAGUCUGGUACUAUUCUUGAUGAAGGCUGUGACUUGAACAUUGAGGGUGGAAUUGCAGAGCAUGUCAAAGACCUCAUAAUCCUAACAUCCGGUGUAUGUUUACUCAGUACCAUUUCUCCAUACUUCUGGUUGCUCUGGCUGCUGGCUCCUUGCAGAGGUAUGCAAAUGCUGUGGACAAAUAUCCUUGGCCCAUGGUUCUUCCAGCCAGCUCCUGAAGAACCACAAGACAAGAACCUUGAGAAGAAACAGAGGAGAUUAGAGAGAAAGAUGAAGUACCGUUAAGCCUCAGCUUCAUUUUUCUUAUUUCUGUUUGAAGAUUUGUUGUUUUUUUGCAAUUUUAUAAAUUGCACACUACAAUUAAUUUAUUUCUAUUGAGUAAUAGGGAAUUUUAAAGUAGGUUUCCCUCUUACAGAUGGAAUUGCUAUUUGAUAUGUUGUAAAAUAACAGAUUGUAGAGUGCAUAGGGAUUGGUUCAUUGUUAGCAGAAUAUUUCUGUUGGAAUUAUUUUUGUAUUCCUAUCAGUUGUUUCUUUUUGUACCUGGAAUAUUUAUAGUAGAUUCAAACAUAUUAAAGGUACACAAAUCCUUAUGCAGUAUGCCCACCUACCUUGUAUCUUUAUAGUUUAUGAGCACCUCUGAGGAAAAAUUACAUAUAGAAUUUUUUGAUGUUUCAUGACUUUCCUGUGAAUUUGCUGUGGACUUUUUCAUUUGCUAUUUCCAAAUUUAUCAUAGCCGUGCAAUAAAGAAGUCAGAGGAAAUUACCAGUCCUUUAUAUACACUUCUUUUUAUUUACCUCUUUCUGUUUAAUCAGAUACUGUACCUGAGUGUUAGUAGAAGUCUUUUUUUUUAAUAGGAUAGAGGUGAGAGACAUAGACAUACACCAACUCACAACCUUGCUUUGUAGUCAUGUUUUGGACAAGUUUGCAUUCUCCCAUUGUUGGUCCACUUAGACCCUCACUUCACAGUCCUGUUUCAGUCUGUUGUUCACCUAGGAAAUAUAUAUAUAUAUACAUGUAAAGAAUGAAUUAUGGCUGGGAAAUAUGGGGGAAGGAAAUGUGAGAGUUGAUCCAGAUAUUAAUUAUAUUACCUUUACAACAUGUAUUUGAAUGACAUGCUUUGUGCUGUGGGGUGUCAGCCAUAUUUUCACAAAGUAGGUGGGCCUGCUGUACCUUUUUAAUUACACUUUCACUUUAAAGAAAAAUGGCUAUUUUUCUUCCUUUUUUUCUCUUUCUUUUCUUUUCUUUUCUUUUUUAUGAAUAGAUCCCCAAUUUUUAUGACAUUACCCAAGAGACUCUUUAAGUUUAUUGUGUUUAGUAUCAGAUUUGUUUCAGCAUAUAAUGAGAUACAAAACAAAAUAGGGAGGUAGGUUUUUUUAUCUCCUUUUUAGUUUUGGAUGUAGCAUAUGUUCAAAAAGAAUAUUAUAUAAUUUUUUUUUUAUGAUGUGUUAUAUUUUGAACAGUUUCAUUCAUCCUUUGGUAUAAUGUUGAUCUUUUUUCAAUUGAACUAGAAUUACAGAUAUUCUCAUUUACAUGAACAUGUCAGUACAGUAUCCAUUGUGCCUAGCACAUUCAUUCAGUGUAUGUAAUAUAGAGGUAAUGAAAAGAGAAUUUUGCAUCACUGAAGUCAAAAUACAAUGAAGUCUGUUUGGAAUGAGUUUCAUUUUUUACUCUAUUUCUUGGUGGAUCAUUGUGAGCUAAGGCUAGUGAUAAGAUUACAUGGGUGUACAGGUUAGCAUAAUACCACAUUAAAUGACUUAGGGUAUGAAAUGGAACUGGACAGGACACAGUAAUAAGCUUGAUUUGAAUAUGUGGCACCACAAAGCAGAUGGUAUAUCACCUAUACUAUGUGUAGACAGAAAUAUUGUAUACAUAUCAUUAUUUUUAUGUUUAAUUAAAAUAAAAAAUAGUCUUUUAACCUACACACAAUGGUAAUGUGCUAUAAAAGUAAUUUUCUAUCUUAUUUUAACCAUGUAAUACCAGGGAAACACACAUUGCUGAGUGAGAGGAUUGUAUGAGGUUACAACAGAAUCAUGUUUCAAUACUUCCAAUGAAUUGUGAAAUUUUCUGAAGAAUUUUGUAAAGAACAGCUUGUUAUUAACAUUGCUAUCCUUGAAGGAUUUUGCACGUCCGAAGUCCACUUUUCUAUAGAUCUAGCUGCAUGUGUAAGUUUGUAGUGGAGAGAGUGUAUCAUGUGUUGAAUAUUUUAUUACUGAGAGAAAAUGCAUAAGAUAUAUUUGUAGGUGUCCUUCACUGCAUCACUAUAAUCAUUCUUGUUUUAGCAUAAUUGAUAAAUUACUGUUGUGGUAGGUAGAAUCUACCUAACUUUGUUUGCUCAACUUCUCCAUCCCACUUAGUUCAGAAUUAUAUCUCACUCAUAAUAUCCUACAUCAGUCCAUGAGAAUCACUCCUCAUAAGCAGCGUUAGCAGAAAGUAAGUCAUUAUGUAGUCGAGAUCAUGUUAGUUGAAAUUUCAUACUUAGAUGUUGUAUUAAUGACAUUUGAUUGUUGUAGAUAUGAUAGUACCACUGAUGAGUUGAUGUAUUAGCAUUAAAUAUUUGUGACUCCAUAGAAAUAGUCUGGAUACUUGACCCAUUUGGUUGGUGUAAUGUAAAAUUGUCUUAGCUUGCAGAUUCUGUGCUAAAUGUACUCAAGUGUAUCUGUUAUCCCUGUUGAGAGAAGUGUUCUAUAUACAGGGUUUCUGUACAAGACCAUUUCUGCAGUGUACCCUUCAAGUUCAUUAUUAUGAUUAAAAUGUAAAUCAUCUGAA